CUCAUUGCUACUCCACAACAUGCCGCCCGUGCUGGGGUACUGGAAGCAAAGAGGGCUUGCCCAGCCCAUCAGACUGUUGCUGAAUUAUGUGGAAGAAGAAUACGAAGAGAAGUACUAUGAGUCUGGACCAGCUCCUGAUUUCAGUCGUGAGUCUUGGUUGAGUGAAAAGUUCAAACUUGGAUUACCGUUUCCAAAUAACCCAUACUGGAUUGAUGGCGAUAUUGCAAUAGUCCAGAGUCAUGCCAUUCUGAAGCACCUUGGUCGAAAACAUAACUUGUGUCCCACCACUGAGCAGGAAAAAAUCAGAUGUGAUAUCCUUGAACACCAGCUGGACGAUUUCGUUUGGGCAUUUAUUUACGUCUGCUAUGCUAAAAAACUUUCCAACUGGGAUUACGCGGAAAAGAGGUCCGAGUAUUUGUCGAAGUUGCCAGAUAUGUUGAAGGAGUAUUCUGAGUUCUUGGAGGACCGCCCUUGGUUUACCGGCAAGAACCUCACGUACGUUGACUUUCUGGCCUACGAUAUCUUAGACAUGCAUAGGGUCUUUGCUCCUGGAUGUCUUGAUGACUUUAAGAACCUGGUGGACUUCAUGGCAAACUUUGAAGCGCUGCCUACAAUCAAGAAGUACAUGCAAUCUGAUAGGUUCUUGAAAAAACCAAUAUGGAACAAGUAUGCUGAUUGGAGGGGGGAUUGAAGUGGGAAAAGGAAGAACAGAUAAUCUGAUGGGAGAGUGCUAUCUAAAGCGCAGGAUACUAAGAAAAGAUUGUGCUGUUAU